AUGGGAGUGUCAACAGUGUCUGAAAUAGUUCAUGAGACAUGUAAAGUUAUUUGGGAAGAGUUGGUUGAAGAGUUCAUGCCAGUCCCCACAGAAGAACAAUGGAAAAAAAUAGCAACUGAUUAUUACAAACGGUGGAAUUUUCCGAAUUGUUUGGGCUCUAUUGAUGGCAAACAUUGUCAAAUUAAAUGUCCUGCUAAUUCCGGUACAUGUCAUUUUAAUUACUUAAAAUAUUUUUCGUUGGUGUUACAAGGUGUAGCCGAUGCAGAAAAGAAAUUUAUCACCAUUGAGGUAGGGGCAAGAGGUAAACAAAGCGAUGGUGGGAUAUUUGCCUCUUCGUCGUUAUUCAAACAUUUGGAAUCAAAUAGUUUAAAUAUACCACCGAACCAAAAUCUACCAGGAACAAACAUUGAAGCACCAUUUGUGUUUAUCGGAGAUGAAGCGUAUCCGUUAAAAUCUUACUUAUUAAGACCUUAUCCUAGUCGUAAUUUGAAUCAAAUUAAAGAAAAUUUUAAUAAUAGAUUAUCGGCAGCCAGAAAAUGCAUAGAAUGCGUAUUUGGAAUAAUGAGAGCAAAAUGGAGAAUUCUAGGAAAAUAUAUUGAGGUUGAUUCAAAGAGAGCUGUAAUAAUUAUAAAAUGUAUUUGUAUUUUACAUAAUUUGAUAAGGACAAAAGAUGGGGAUAAUGAUAUUGACUAUUACCACAUAACCCAAAAUCAAGGAAGUCAUCAAAACGAGACAGAAAAUCAUUUUGAAGGAAGGAACCCAAAUUAUUCACAACAAGCAAAAGAAGUGAGAGAAAAAUUCGCAAAUUUUUUUAUAGAACAUUAA